AAAAUGGAUGAAAGAAAUCAGUCUAUAGUGUUAGAAUUUGUGCUUCUGGGACUUAGCAAUUCAUGGAAUAUCCAAGUCUUACUUUUGAUGGUAUUUCUGAUGCUUUAUCUGAUUAUUGUGUCAGGAAAUAUUUUAAUAAUAAUUGUCAUCUUCACUGACUCCCACCUUCAUUCUCCCAUGUACUUCUUGUUGGCCAACUUGUCCUUCAUUGAUUUGUGGCUAUCUUCAGUCACCACUCCUAAAAUGAUUACAGACUUUCUUAGGGAGAAAAAGACCAUUUCAUUUGGAGGGUGCAUGUCCCAAAUUCUAUUUGUGCAUUUUAUUGGAGGAGGAGAGAUGGUGCUUCUGGUGGUAAUGGCCUAUGAUCGCUAUGUAGCCAUCUGCAAACCACUUCACUAUUUUUCCAUGAUGAACCUACAUAAUGGCAUUAGGUUGGUGGUGACUGCCUGGGCCAUUGGUUUUGUGCAUGCCAUGAGUCAACUCAUUGUGAUUGUACAGCUACCAUUUUGUGGAAAGGAAAUAGAUAGCUUCUUCUGUGAUAUCCCACUGGUAAUCAAGUUAGCCUGCAUAGAGUCUUCUAACUUGGGAAUGUUAAUGAAUGGUGAUAGUGGUGUUUUGGCUAUGACCUGUUUCAUUUUGUUGCUGAUAUCCUACACGUACAUUCUCCUCACUGUCUACAAAAGCUCUAAAACUGGUGCAUCCAAGGCCUUCUCUACAUGCACUGCCCACCUUACAGUAGUGGUGCUAUUCUUUGGGCCUUGUAUCUUCAUUUAUGUUUGGCCACUUAGUAUCACUUCGGUGGACAAAUUUCUUGCUGUGUUUUACUCUGUUAUUACACCUCUUCUAAAUCCAGCCAUUUAUACAUUGAGAAAUAAAGAGAUUAAAUGUGCUCUGGAGAGAUUACAAAACUACUUCAUAGAGACCAAGGUUAACAUUUUAUUAAACCUCAUAUGA